AUGGGGGAACACGUUGAGCCCGAAAAGCGCCCCACAAUCGCAAUAGUCGGGGCCGGACCAGGAGGCUUGACUUUGGCUCGACUACUCUACCUAGCCAAUAUCCCCUUCACUAUCUUCGAAUCCGACAAGUCACGAGAGACUCGCCGUGUGACCGGGGGUGUUCUUGACCUUCAUUCGCAAACGGGACAGCGUGCUAUCCGUGAAGCAGGACUCUGGGAUAUUUAUCAGAAGCAUGCCUCAUACGACGCCGAGGAGCUAGUUAUCACCGAUUACAAAAAUGUAGUCUUCUACAACUCCAAUGGUGCCAGCAGAGGAAGACCCGAGAUUGAUCGGCCGGUUUUACGCGAUAUUUUACUCAAUUCAGUACCGAAUGACUGCAUCCGCUGGGACCAUCAUCUCAAGCACGUUGGCGAUGACGGAACACUGCAUUUCACCCACGGUGUCGAAACGGGGUUUGAUCUUGUCAUCGGCGCCGACGGAGCGUGGUCCAAAGUGCGCCAGGCGUUGAGUACAAUUUCGCCAUUCUAUUCAGGAGUGGUUUGCCUUGAGCUUUGGAUUGUUCAGCCGGAUAAAAUUGACCCCGAUAUGAACCGCAUGCUUGGACGCGGUUCGUACCUUUCGUAUGGAAGUGACGACAAUGUACUCCAUACACAACGCCAGGGAGAUGGUUCACUUCGCACCUAUGCUUACAUGCGCCGUCCGGAAUCGUGGCUGAGGGACCGUGCUAUUGAUUUGAAUAAUCGUGAUGCAGUGAAGGAACUUCUGCUCAAAGAAUACGAAACGUGGUGCCCCGAGCUGAAGAGUCUCAUCUACAACUGUAACGGCACCGUUAUCAAUCGGCCACUCUAUAUGCUGCCAGUUGGCAUUCGUUGGCGACACAAACGGCAUCUCACCCUGUUGGGAGAUGCCGCCCAUGUCAUGACGCCAUUCGCAGGCGAAGGUGUCAAUACCGCAAUGUAUGAUGCCUUGGAGUUAGCACAUGCAAUUAUCCACAAUCAAUACACUCUAGAUACUGCGAUUGUGCAGUAUGAAAAGAAGUUGUUCGCUCGUGCCGCAAGAGUGCAGCAAGUCACCUGGGAGGAACUGCUUAGUACGUUUGAGGAAGAUGCUGGACGGCAUUUGGCAGAGCGAUAUGACUAUAUAGUCGCACUGGGUGAGAAAGGAAUGACUGCUAAGUUGGGCCUAGGUGCCGAUAACUCUGCCGAAAAUUAAGAUUCGUUAUUUCUCCUAUUGUGAAGAGCGGUGUGACAAGAGUGUAGUCUUCCAGAAAAGAGUGCAUUCCGCAGCGAAUACUGAGAAUG